AUGGGCCUUUUGAAAGAAAGCAAAAUACUCACGUGGGAGGAAACCCAAAGACACUCUCCAGAAAUGAAGAGAAGAGGAAUCGAGCACUUCAUAAAAGUGUACCACAACAAAGUAGCGCCAAAAAUCAAAGAAUUUCUUUGGGGAGAAGAGCUUGAGCAGCAUAUUAUCGCAAAAGUCAACAAAAACUGGAUUCUUCUCCUGGGAGCUGACGAAAUCCUGAGAGAUACAUUCCCAGAAAACAGCUUGCUCCACCCAGAAUACGCAGGAUACAUGCUAGAAAGCACCCCAGCCGGGCCGUAUGCUCCAGGAUUCCACGUUUUAGCCCGCCUGGAGGAGAACCUGGAAGCCAGAAGAAAGUCCCUCAUGCGGUCACUCCACGAGAAAUUUGGCCCAGACGUUUCUCUCCUUUUUCUGCCUGCUUUCCCCCUUUUGGGCACCCCCUGGGCCUUCGGAACAAGCUCCCUCGCCCCAGAAGAGUGGCUUACGCGCUGGGAAAGUGCAGGAAAUUUUUCAGAAAUUCCCUCGCCCUCCAAUAAAUCACCGAAAACUCCCUUGGAAAAAGCCCUGGAAAAAGCAAAAUCCCCAACUUUUAAAAUCACAAACAGCUUGCACUUCCCAGACUUUGCAAUAACCCAGCAUAAAAGAUUCUUUGGAUUUUCGCAAAACAUUCCCAAAAGAAAAGGCGUUUCCCUGCACCACGAAAUACCAGUAAUGGGCUCGGAAAAGGGAAACCCCCAAAGUCCCGCAGUAAUUGACAGUAUGGGCCAGGGGAUGGGAUGUGCCUGCUUGCAAAUUACGAUGCAGUGCGAGUCCGUCCAUGAAGCAAGGACUCUAUACGAUAAUAUUGCAGCUAUUUGUCCGUUGCUUCUUUUUAUGACAGCAGCAACCCCAUACGCAGACGGAAAGCUCCUGAAGACAAGCACGAGAUGGGAGAUUGUCGGGGCUUCAGUCGAUUGCAGGCAGCCACAGGAGACUCACAUUAGAAAGAGCAGAUACUCGUCAGUUGAUAUUUAUACAUCAAUUCUAUCAAAAGAUCUUGAUAUAGCAUAUAACGAUAUUAAUCCGCCCCUGGAAAUAUGCACUUUCAACAGGCUAAUUGAAGCAGGAGUUGACUUUCCCAUGGCAAGGCACAUCUCCUCCCUUUACAUUCGAGACCCCGUUUUGUGCUAUAGUGAUGCCUCCCCAGAAGACGACUUUGAGAACAUCCAAAGCAGCAACUGGAGGAGCAUGCGCCUGAAGCCCCCAAAAGCAGCAGCUCCUGAGUCGGCAAAUUCAGGCUGGCUUGUAGAGACUAGGCCGAUGGAAAUCCAGCCAACUUCCUUCGAGAAUGCUGCCUACAGUGUUUUUGUCGUUGUUUUUUCGAGGAUGAUUCUCUCCCUGAAUAUUAACGUGCUGAUCCCCAUUUCAAAAGUAGACGAGAACUUUGAGGCUGCGAACAACCCGAAAAACCCGGAAGACCCUGUCCAGUCGGAGAGAGAGCAGGUCUUUUGGUACCGAGCGAACAUUUUCUCGCAGGAUCUGCCCGUUUUAAAGCAGGGAACUGUCCAGGAGAUAUUUCUAGGGGCGGGCGAGUACGUGGGAAUAUUCGGGGCCCUGGAGAUCUAUCUGAAGGAGUACGCUGAGGCGGAUACGGACUGCAUUAUGCCGUACCUGGAAUUCCUGCGGGAAAGAGUCAGCGGAAAAAAGUGUAGUGUUUCUGCUUUUAUUAGACGCUUUGUGUGCGCGCAUAAGGCGUAUUCAGGGGAUGCAAAAAUUACGCCGGAGAUUUCAAACGAUCUAACAGAACUUAUUGUGGGGAUAACCCAGCGAAAUAGCACGGAGUAUCUGGUAGUUGAAUAA